AUGACCCAAACGCUGGACUCACGGUGCAGAAUGACGAGGAUUUAUUGGAGCGGGUGAAUGAACAAAGCAGGAACGGCAAGACUAACUGACUGACUGAAUGGCUGGCUGGCUGAAUAACUGAAUACAGACGGGAACGACAAUAAUGGCAACAUCAACAUCAAUGACACGGCACUGGACUGGUGGAACUGGGGAACAUAAAUACACAGGCGGAAUGAUGAGUGAUUAGAGACAGUCAUUUUCACUGCAGCUAUGCUGUCUUAUUUAACCCCACCUCCUCUCUACCUGAGCCUCCUUCUCUUUCUGUCCUGCAACUCCGCUGUUCUUUCCUGUCAGACUGGAAACUACAGCCAGUGCACGGUUGCUCCUUUUAUACCAGGUCACAACCUGGUGGGGGAGGGAUUUGAUGUGGUCACUCUGCGACGAAAGGGAGCCUAUAUGAUCGAUGUGAAUACCUACCUCACACCAAGUGAAACAUGUACUCUCUGCUCCAACCCGCUUCAAGGCAACAUGCUGCAGAAACUGCCAGUCUCUGCAGUGGACUGGCGUGCAUUCAGCCGAUGCAGUGCCGAUAUUUACAGCAGCAUCCACACCUCUGUUAGCUCUCUGGUUGACACCUACACCUCCCAGGACAGUACUGACUGGAAGACUGGCCUAGAUUUAGGGAUAUUUGUGGGAGGAAAGCAAUCUGCUGUGUAUAACUUUGCAUCAAAAAGGGCCGCAGAGGACCGCCACAUCUUCAGCACACACAGGGUCACCUGCAACCAUUACAGUUACCGAGUAUCAAACAGUCCGUCUCUCAGCUCUGAGUUCAGUAAGGAUUUAACCAAGCUACCACAUUUCUACAACAGCUCCACCAGAGCUCAGUACAGUGAGCUUAUACACACCUACGGCACACACUACAUCCGCCAGAUUCACCUUGGUGGUCGACUGAGGCGAGUCACAGCUGCACGAACCUGUCUGUCCUCACUGAAUGGACUGUCCUCAAAUGAGGUCCACUCCUGUUUAUCACUGGGUUUCUCUGUCGGCUUGGGAAAAUUGAAAUUAUCCAGUAACAGACAGUCUUGCAACAAGGUCCUACAAAACCAGGGUCUCUCGUUUAUGUACAGCACUGGACUCCACCAACACUACACAGAGGUGGUAGGAGGCAAUGGUUGGUUGGGAGAGUUUGCACUCACCCAGAAUGACUCCCUCGGCUUUCUAACUUGGCUGAGCACCCUGAAAGAUCACCCAGAUGUUGUUUCCUACUCCCUUCGGCCAAUCUAUAGCCUGAUGACAAAUGGCACACAAAAGGCAGGGAUGAAAGCUGCCAUAGAGGAGUACUUGGAAGAUAACGCUGUGAGAAAGUCACCCAAUGAGCCAAACUGUGGGUGGCACAUUCCUAAUCUGGCUUCCAACUGCUGUCCUCUGCAAGCCUGGAGGGGGACGCUAAGGGUUACCAUUGUGCGAGCCUGGAAUUUGAAAGGAGAUCCAGUUGGAAAAACUGAGGGCUAUGCUAAAAUGUGGUUUGGUUCCUUCUAUCGGAAGACUCGUUGGAUUCGGUCAAACAAUCCCUGGUGGAACGCGAAUUAUGAUUUAGGCAAGGUGGACACACACUUGGGUUUGAAGGUUGAAGUUUGGGACAAGGAUGUAUGGCAUGAUGACCGUCUGGGAUCAUGUUUCAAGUAUCUUCAGCAGGGGACACACACAUUUACCUGUCCAGCUAAAAGAGGUGGUUUUGAGGUCCGGUACACUCUGGCAUGUGACCCUCAUCUAGCUGGAGAUCGGUGUAAUCGUUACAAACCAUCUGCAAAAUAA